AUGGCCUUAAUAUCAUCAUUGAACACCUGGACACUCAUUCCAAUUGCAGCAGGACUGUACCUAGCAAUUUACAUCGUGUAUUACAGAUAUCUACACCCUCUCGCAAAGUACCCUGGUCCAUUUCUUGCCUCCUUGACGGACCUGUGGCAAACCUACCAAUUUAUGACCCUACAACAGCCCUAUUAUCUGACCAAAUUGCACGAGAAACACGGCCCCAUUGUGCGUUAUGGGCCGGACAAACUCAGCGUGACACAUGAAAGUGCGAUCAAGUUGAUUUACCAAACACCGGCGCGGUUGAUGCCCAAGACACAAUUCUACGAUGCCUAUGGUGCAGCACACCCAAAUGUGUUUGGAAUGAGGGAUGAAGCUGUAAGGAGAGAAUUCGCCCUAGAAAAUCCGACAUACCAAACUAAUCAAAACACGGAUCAGUUGCACUCCAUACGUAGAAGACACAUGUCGCAUGGUUUCUCCAUUAGCUACGUCAAGGAAAUGGAGCAAUACAUGGAUAUAAAUGUCAAAAUCCUCAAAGAGAAACUCUAUUCAUACGCAGCUUCUGGCCGGCCAUUCGAUCUCAAAAAGGCCCUUCAUCUCUAUGUCGUCGACACGCUGGGGGAGUUGGCAUUUAGUCAGUCCUUCAAUGUGCAAAAGCCAGAUGAUGAAUCCCGUGCACCUCCAGUCAAAGAACAUAGCCUUUUAGCAGCUGUGACGGGCUCAUGGCCCGCAAUGACUAGUAACCUGAAGACAUGGCUUCCCUUUGUGCCUCACAAGGGCCUGCAGAAACUAUUUCAGGGACGACAAGCGUGUGCAGACUUGGCAUCCGAGUGCGUACAGGCGCGACUCUCGGUUUUACGGAAUGACGAGAAGUCAAAUGAUUUCAACACCGCUGCGAAACGCAAGGAUCUAUUGACAAACCUUAUAUUGGCCCAACAUCCAGAGACUGGAGCUCGGUUGACACAGACUGAUUUGGAAACUGAGGCGUUUGGAUUCAUUAUUGCAGGAACACAUACCACAGGGGCCACGGCAUCGCUGCUUUUCUAUCACUUGCUGCAUGACCCUGAGGCCAUGGCAAAAUGUGUAGCCGAAAUCAAGGAAAACCUUCCAUCGCUAGAGCCCGAGCAAGAUGCCUACCCAGUCGCCCAAGUCGAAGCUUCAUUGCCUUUUCUACGCGAUUGCAUGAAAGAGAACUUUCGUCUUACCCCGGUGUUUACUAUGCCUCUUGCUCGACGGAUCAUGGAUCCGAAAGGUCUUUUCAUAGGAGACAGUCAUAUUCCCACUGGUCGUAACCAGACAUCUGUCGCAGUAUGCAACCAUGCUUUUCAUCAUAACCCUUCUGUUUGGGGACCGAACCACGAUCUUUUUGACCCUUUACGGUGGACUAGCGAUACUAGUGUGGCCGAGAAAUCGCGUCUACUUAUGCAUUUCGGGAUGGGCGGCAGACAAUGCAUAGGAAAGACGAUCGCCAUGAGCAACAUAUACAAGCUAAUGAGCACGCUAUUGCAUGAAUUCGAUUUUGACUUGGGCAGCGAGGGCGAGAAGAUGGAUGUGGCGAACGGGCUGUUUCGGGGCAAGAUUCCUGAGAUGGUCAGCGUUGGGAUCAGCGAUUUGAAAGACCCGCUGAUGGUGAGGGUGAAGGCAACGGUUUGA